AUGCACGCUAAAAUCCGUCUACCUAACAGUGGACACAACACUCCGUCACCGCCGACAUCUCCGCUCAGAUCUCCUCGUCUCCGACAUCCUCGUGCCGGAAAAUCCUCCGGGUUUGUUACAUAUACCAUUGGCGAAUCAUCGACGUGUUUGACGGUGUAUAAAGAAGGAGGUGCACCGGUGGUCUUCUGGUCACCAGAGUGCCCGAGAUGGAGCUUACCAAAACAUGAUUUAAGGAGACAGUCUACAAUAGGGAGAUGUCAAUCAGCCACACGUCAAGGCCGGCGAAAAUAUCUUGAAGAUCGCACAUUCUGUAUUGUUGAUCUUCGGAUUCCCUUUCCAGGCGCUAAUGGUAUUAGAGACACAUCAGUUGCCAUUGUCGCAGUUUUUGACGGACAUAAUGGCGCAGAAGCUAGUGAGAUGGCUUCAAAAACGUUAUUGGAGUAUUUCACACUGCAUACUUCUUUUCUUUUGGAUACCACAUUUUCUUUUUUGUCCAACAUAUCAAAGGGAAUGUUACCAAAUAAGGGGGGACAUGGUUAUGCCUCUCAAAUGCCUGGUGAGCAUCUUGGUGAUUAUGCGCUGCAUACCGGAAGGAUUAAGUUUACAUUGUCAAAAAUAUUUAGUGAAGAUUUCCACUUGGAAAUCUUGAAAGAAUCUUUGUUGAAGGCGAUUGAUGAUAUUGAUGCCGGAUUUGGUAAGGAAGCUUCUAGAUACAACCUAAACUCUGGUUCUAUUGCAGCGGUUAUAUUAAUCGCAGAUAAUCAAAUUUUAGCUGCGAAUGUUGGAGACUCAAAGGCUUUCCUAUGCUCUGAGAUGUUUCAAUCUCCUCAUGAGGCUAAAGCUACGUUAUUGAGAUUGUAUGAAAAGAGAAGACGUGAGGGUGCUUCUAUACGCAUGAAAGAUUAUAGAAAUGUUAAAUUGGGGGGCUUACCCCAUUUUGUUGCGAAAGAGUUAACAAUGGACCACCAUCCCGACAGGGUUGAUGAAAGAUCUCGAGUAGAAGCGGCUGGCGGUUAUGUCUCUGAAUGGGCUGGUGUAUCCCGAGUCAAUGGCCACUUGGCUGUUUCACGUUCUAUUGGUGAUUUGCCCUUUAAAAGCUUUGGUGUUAUAUCUGUUCCUGAGGUGACCGAUUGGCAACCUUUGACGGCUAAUGAUAGUUAUUUGGUGGCUGUUUCUGAUGGCGUUCUUGAAAAGCUGGGCACACAGGAUGUAUGUGAUCUAUUAUGGGACUUACAUACUCCUGCCCCCUUGGAAAUGCAAUACAGUCCUUCAUGUUCAUACUCAUUAGCCGAUUGCAUUGUUGAUACCGCUCUUGAAAGAGGAAGUAUGGAUAAUGUGGCAGCUGUUGUAGUUCCAUUUGGGCUACAGAAUUUGUCUACUGUUGGAUCCCAAGUGCAGAAUUAUGUGGACCGACAAUCUGGUAAUUUGACUAUUUCAACUUUUUAUUACUAAAUGUCUAGUUGGCAUCGAUAUUUG